AUGGCGAGGGCUCGUCGGCUUGAGGAGGACAACUGGAGCGACGACCACGAGGACAUCGAAUUCAGCAUCAGAGGGGACCGCAGCUCCGAAGACAAUAUGGCACUGCGCGCCGACGAGCAGCCGCUGCUCCAUGGCGACGGCGAGGACGGUGGCUUGCUCGGGGGCAACACCGUCGCCCGCGACGACAUUGAUGGGCUGCCAAAAGACCCCGUUGAUCGCGAAGAAGGCGGUGCGGCCACAGCGGGCCUCUUCAUCUGGCUGCUGACGCUCUCGGCUGGGCUCAGCGGGCUUCUCUUUGGGUACGACACAGGUGUCAUCUCGGCCACGCUCGUGUCGAUCGGCACCGCGCUUUCGGGCCGCGACCUGACGUCGUUUGACAAGUCCAUCAUCACGUCGUCCACUGCGCUCUUCGCUCUUGGCGCCUCGCCCCUCUCAUCGGUGCUGGCCGACACGCGCGGCCGCCGACACGUCAUCUUUGCGGCCGACGCGCUGUUUGUUGUCGGCGCGCUGGUCCAGGCCGCAAGCAGCUCCGUUCCCGUCAUGGUCGUCGGGCGUUCGGUGGUGGGUGCUGCCGUUGGCGCGGCUAGUUUUGUUGUGCCUCUGUAUAUAGCCGAGGCGGCGCCGGCGGCCCAUCGCGGCCGUCUCAUCACGGUCAAUGUGCUGUUUAUCACGCUGGGCCAAGUGAUUGCCUAUGUGCUGGGCUGGUUGUUGGCGGCGUACGCAGACCCGCGUACGGCGUGGCGCUGGAUGGUGGGACUGGGGGCGGUGCCCGCGCUGCUCCAGGCAGUUCUGGUGCUUUUGAUGCCCGAGUCGCCGCGGUGGCUGGUCAAGGCCGGGCGCACGGCCGAGGCACGGGCAGUGAUUGGUCGUGUCCACGGUGGCCACGGAAGUGCGGCUGCAACGGCUGCCGCAUCGUCCAUUGUCAAAACCAUUGAGACGGAAGUGCGCGCCGAGGCCGAAGCCCGGCGAGCGCGCAAGCAAGCACGACGCGUACCGACGACGGCCGGCGAACGCGAACCAUGGCGCUUUAUGCCCCGCUGGCUGCGCGCCGACGGCGACACAUGGGCAGCUCUGCUUGGCGUGCGCCGCAAUCGGCGGGCGCUGGCCAUUGCGUGUCUGCUGCUGGGCCUGCAGCAGCUCUGCGGUUUCAACUCGCUCAUGUACUUCUCUGCAACCAUCUUUACGCUUGUCGGCUUCGACCAGCCAACGCUCACAGCGCUCACGGUGGCCGCCACCAACUUUGUGUUUACAGUGGCGGCGUUGUUGCUGGUCGACCGCAUCGGCCGCCGACGCGUGCUGCUGUACUCGAUCCCGCUUAUGGCCCUGGGUCUGCUGCUGGCCGCCUACGGUUUCUCUCGUCUAGAUUUGUCCGUGGGCGACACCAGCAAAGGCAGCACACCGCCCCCGUCUUCGUCGGCUGCCUCUGUCGUCCUGGUCAGCAUUGUGCUGUACGUCGCUGCCUACGCAAUUGGGCUGGGAAACGUCCCCUGGAUGCAGAGCGAGCUGUUUGCGCUCGACGUGCGAUCGCUCGGCAGCGGACUGGCUACGGCCACGAACUGGCUGGCUAACUUUGUUAUUGGCUUGACCUUUUUGCCGCUCAUGGACGCGCUCACGCCCUCAUGGACGUUUGUCCUGUACGCGGCCGUCUGCCUCGUCGGCUUUUCGCUGGUCCGCGUCUGCUACCCGGAGACGAGCGGCCUUAGCCUCGAGGCGGCGGCGAGCUUGCUGGAUGCGGAUGACUGGGGCGUCGGUCGGCGGCGACGCUCACGGGCGUGA